GCGACCGUGUUGGAAUCGCGCGGGCUUCGGACGUUAUUACCGUUUCACUCUUUCGUCUAUUUAUUUACAUUUUUUUUUUUUCGCCUCUUUCUUCUUUUUCUUCUCCUCCUAAUUUCCCCCCGACGGACGUUACGAACUUUUACGCGAUUCCGGGACGGGCCCUCCCCCCCCUCCUUCGUGCGUUGUGUGCGUCGUAGGUAAAUACGCGUGGGAAAAAAUUCGGGCACCCUCCCCACCCCGUCCGCAUAACGUUUUAUAUUCCGAUCGGUCGCCGCCGCCGCCGCCGCCACCGCUUACCCACCGUGCGUGCCUUCGCGCGCGCCGCGUAUGUGCGUAGUCGUUCGCAUCAGUACCGCAGUACACGCACACGCACACGCACUCGACCCACUCGAUGACCGCCUGCUGCCUCCACCAUCACCACCACUACCGCCACCACCCACAGACCAACGAUAUCCCCUCCGCCCCCCACCAGUGUCGACGACGACGACGACGACGCAUCAGCGGCGGCGGCGGCGGUGGUGGUACGUCAUGUCCAGGCCGCACCGGCGCCCGUCUGCCGUGAAGGUUCGCGCGCAGUUUUUACUUCGGCCCGCGGCCGCCAUGUGAGCGAAAUAUUUUCCUCCACGCACGCACUCACACACGCACACACAUUGUUGUCGCCGCCGCCGCCGCCGCUGUCGUCGUAGUCGCCGUUUUUCGGUCGUCGCGUUUCGUAUCGCCGGUGCACACGACCACCGCCGCGCCGCCGAUAUCGUCGUUCGCCGUUCGUAUUAGUUCGCCGUCGACGGGGCCGCUGCAGAACGAGAUGAACAUAAGUCAAUAAUGGGCGGAAUGGAUACAGACCAAUUAUAUUCCGUGCGUUGGAAUGAAUUCCACACAAGUAUUAUAACAUCAUUCAGACAUUUACUUGAUCAAGAAGACUUUAUAGAUGUUACUAUUGCUUGUGAUGGUCAUUCAUUUACUGCCCAUAAAGUUGUGCUUUCUGCAUGUAGUCCGUACUUCAGAUCUCUGCUCAAGGCAAAUCCAUGCCAACAUCCCAUUGUUAUCCUUCGCGAUGUUAAGAAACAAGAAAUGGAAGCAUUAUUAAGUUUCAUGUACAAUGGAGAAGUUCGGAUUAAUCAAGAACAUUUACCAGAAUUUUUGAAGACUGCUCGUAGCUUGCAAGUACGAGGUCUUGUUGAUUUUACUAAAGAAAACCAACCAUCCUCGUGGGGAAGUUCAAGCGUAGUUCCAGUUGAUGUGGUUGGAAAAAAUAAAGCCAGUGAUAAUUUACCUAGCCCACCAUAUAAAAGACAACGUAAUAACUCUGAACAGUUGACUACUCAACCAUUAACUCCUAGUAGUAGUUAUAAUGCCGAUAGAGAUAAAGAUACACCAUCACUACUUGUUCAAGCAUUGGAAUUGAAUCAAUCACAAUCAAGUCAGAAUAAAAAUACAGUAGACUCAUCAGUUACUGGUCAUUCGUCUGAUGAAGAAGAUAGUAAUUCUGGAGAUUCAGAUGGCAGUCAUACAGUUAAUGAUAAUACACGUUCAGAUGUAAAUCAACAAAAUAAUGAAAUUGCAAUUCAACCUCAAAUAUCUCAGGCCCGACAUUCAAAACUAGAACCUGUAGAUUUUUUAUCAAGUAGUGGUAAUAAUCAUGACCUACACAAUACAUCAAUCUCAAUUGAGCAACAAUCCAGGCAUUCUUUUCCUACAUCAAUUUCAUCUGGAGUUUCAAUUAUAAGUAGCUUACAAGGAUUACCAGGUCUAUUACCAGGUCCAUCAGGCAUACACAACAAUAGCCAGGAAAACAGCUAUGCUAGGAGAUCGAUCGAGAUGACAAGAGUGAGGGCGACUGAUCCGAGACCGUGUCCCAAGUGCGGCAAGAUCUACCGUUCGGCACACACGCUCCGCACACAUCUGGAGGACAAGCACACCGUGUGUUCUGGAUAUAGAUGUGUGCUGUGCGGCACUGUGGCCAAAUCGAGGAAUUCGUUGCACUCGCACAUGUCGCGUCAACACCGUGGUAUAAGUACUAAGGACCUACCCGUGCAACCAAUGCCGUCCAAUUUCGAUCCGGAACUGGCGUCGAAUCUACUGCUUAAAGCCGGAGUCAAGGUAUCGCCGGCUGAACUGCGGGCAAGGGCUUCGCCAACUGACGCGGUGACGACCAGUCAUCGGCGUGGCGACGGCAAACUGGACUUGCAGUCGGCCAACAGCAGCGUGUGUGGCGGUGACGACCCCGAGGACUUAACCGUGAACUCGUCCGGUCACCACCACCACAAUCACCACAAUAACAACAACAACAACCAUCACCACCAGCAAUACGGAAACAACAACAACCAACAGCGGUACAGCGAGUCUCAACAACAGCAACUAUUGCAGCAGCAGCAACACCAUCUCCACAACAGCAGCGGUGGAAAGUUCCCUACGGCCAUGGACUUGAUUGACAAUUACGCGCGAGCAGGUGGUGGUGGCGGAGGAGGCAGUGGCGGAGGCGCUCUGUCACCGUUCCUGCCAGCUUUUGCGGCUUGUGGUAAAGACCUGCAGCCGGGCGACAGUAAGAUCUCGCCGUACAACAACAAGGCGUUCUUGGACUCGUACCUCAAGGCGCUGGUGGAGACUAACCCACCACUGUUCUACGCGUCCAAGAUUGCCGGAGACAUGAUUAAGCACGAAAUCGCGCCCGAUGACGCGGAUUACUCGUCUGCGUCCGAUGAGGACGAUAUCGACGAAGACGAUAUCGAUGAAGACGUCGAGGAGGACGUCGAUGACGAAGACGACGACCGCCGUCGUCGGCGUGGGCACAGCAACGGUGGCGGCACCAGUAGCGUCAACGACACGCCAUUGCCGCUGCAGGCCGGCAAGAACUGAUCGGGCGAAAUCGCCUCCCCUAUCCCUCUCUCACAAAUCUCACUAACAACUUUGCACUACCAUCCACUCCGCUGUCGCUCAUCGAUGCGAAAGCGACGAAACAAAAGUGUAAAAAAAUCAAAAAAAAAAAAAUUAGGAUUUAGGCCUUUUAGUUUUGAGUGUAUAUUGAAUAAAUGCAUGACUUUUCGUCUACAAGACGAAAGAGAGGAGAGAGUACGUAUAUAAAAUAUUAUUAUCAUUAUUAUAUAAUAGCUAUAAAAUGUAACGGUCAGUUAGGUCUAUGUAUGAUGUAUUCACAGACGGAAUUACCUGUACCGUAAGAUCUAAAAUUUAUUUUUUUAAAGACAUCAUGAAUAUGUAUACGUCAACUGAAAUUCUCAGAGGACAAUAAUUUCUAUUAUUAUACUUACCAAGCAAAAACUAUCAUAAAACACGGUAUAACAUUUUUUGAUUCAAUGUCACAGAAGACAACGUAGAUCGAUUUUCUGAUCUGGUGUUUUUUUUUUUUUUAUUAUUAUUAUUAUUAAUCAUUUUUUUUUACCUUUUUAUUUAUUUUCGACUAGUCAUUAAAUUGUUUAACAGUCUAACAUAGCAGUUCAAACAUGUUUGUUCCUAAAUGUUUUUAUCAGGUUUUUUUUCUUUUCGUUCGUGCCAUAGUAUAUAAUAUAUUAAUAUACACCUAAAUAAUAAUAUAAUAUUUACGAAACCCUUUACGGGUUAUACUUUCUCUCUAAUAUUAUAUAUAUAGAUACCAUACCAUUCCUUUUCAACUACCUCAAUCGUAGACGUUAAAAUAUGUUUUUGCUUACGCAAAACAAUAAAUCGAUCACAACCUCUUAAUGCAAGACAUGAAUUAUAUUGUUAUAUGUAUAAUAUUUUUUUCGUCUUAAAAAAACAUGCCAUAUUAAACUUGUUAGUUAAAAGUAGGGACACUUCCUAACUAUAAACCAGUAUUAAUAAAACAAUUUUAGUGAUUCAGCAAAGUUAUAUUGUUAGAUCUUUUUUGAUAACUCGUAGUACUAUUAUUGAAAAAACUUAUCCCUUAAGCUAUGAGUUUAAUUUUUAAUUUAUUUAUUUACAUAUUUAUUUUUAUUUUUUAUUUAAUUAAACAGAGUAUUGCUGUGAGUUGACCCGUUUGUUUUAAAAAUGCAUUUCAAUGAUAAAAUUGCUAACAGUAUAGUCUGAAGACUUCCUCAUUUCAUGUGUUCAACAACAAUAAAAUAUACAAUACAAUAUAAGAUAAAUGAUUUCAUUUUGAACUAGAAAUAUUAUAUGCAAAUGCAUUAUCAUAUAUCAAAUAAUAAAAAAAAAUCAUAUAAUUUUAUAGUGUCGUUCUAUAGAACUUAAAUAUUAUGUUUUAUAUAUACGACUAAAAUGAUACUAAUUUGGUAUUACUAUUAUAUAUGUAUAUAUUAAUUUAUAAUAUAUACAAACAAUUAUAAGGCUCAAUGUAUAUAAUAUCGUGUUUUAUUGAAUUAUUAUUUUUAAUUAUAUUUUACACGUUUUUUUAAAAAAAUAGAGUACAAAUCAAAGUGCAAAAUUAGCAUUAGUUUUUUCAAGCGGUUAACAAACAAUAGCCGAUUUGAAAUUAAAUUACAAAUCUAAACUAAUUGGGUUUCUUUUUACUACGUUAUAAGUACAAUUUAAAUAAUAAUAAAUUAUCUUAUCAAAUAUAGUCAAUACAACUUAAAGUACAAACAUAAAUGUUAUUUUUACUAUUAAAAUUAUUUUAAUGCGUGUUAUUACUGUAUACAUAGUUUUUAAAUAAUGUACCUAUCAAACAUCUGAACAAAGAUAUUGUAUUAUUUUAUUCUUUCUGUAUCUCUCUCAAUCGAACCCAAGUGCAAUAAUUAUUUAACAUAAUAAUAUCUUUAUUAUUUUAUUUAUAUUAAUUUAAACAAAACCGUUAACAAAAAAAAAAAAAAAAACAAUUUAAAAGUUCAGCAUCUUGGUUGUGCGAAUGUUAUGUGUAUUUCUGUUGAUAAUUCAUUCAUUUUUAUUUAUUAUUUUUAUUAUUAUUAUUAUUAUUAUUUUUAUUACUGAUUGACACUAGUCAUUGAUUUCUUUCAUGCCACUCAUCAUACAAAAUAAUACAACAGCUUGUUGACCAAUGAAAUAAUAUUAUGAAAUAUUUACUUACAAACUUAAGUUAUUAAUAUUUUGUUUUUUUUUUUAUUAAGGUCGUGGUCAUUUUUCCUAAUUAGACUGAUGAAAGGAAAGACUGAUGACACUUUAUGUAUUUUUUAUUUUUAUGUUUUACAUUGAAAAAUCUGAAGUGCCUCGCAUUAUUAAUUAUGUUAGUAGAUAGGUGGUUGGGCACAAACUGAACAAAUUUUUCCAUGUAGACAUAACAGUUUCUCAUUAUUAUAUAUAUUUUUUUUCAUUUUAAUUUACCUCAACAAUAUACUAUAAAUAAAAGACUAUCAUAAAUUGAAGCAUAAUAAUAUAUUUUAAAAACAAUACGUCAAAUAAGACUUAUUAUAAAUUUAAUUAAAAUAAUGUUUAAAACAUUUAAACUGAGUAGAUAAACAAUUUAAUAAUAUAUUUUUAAACUUAAAAUCGAUAAGUUGUAUCUCUAUUAAACACAUUAAACCAAGAAGUAGAACAUUAAUUGAUUUGAGUUAUUUAAUUUUUUUAAACCUUUUUUUAUUUACAUAUAUAACACGUUUUUGUACAGAUUUAUAUAAACCUUCAAAAUGUUAUUGAAAUGUAGGAAAAUAUUUAUGCAGACCGAUUAUGAUGUUAUUAUGUAACGUAGACUGGUGCUUUAACAAUGAAUUGCAAUGUAUAAUUAUUAUUAAUAAUAUUAUACUCUGCUCAUAAUGUAAAAUUAAACCAAGAUUUUUGUUUUGAGACUCAGUGUAUUGAGUAUUUUAUUUUGUCAUAUUAUGUAUAAUGUAAAUAUAAUUUUUUUUUUUAUUUUGUUAAUCAAAGUUUAGACCAGGUAAUUAUUAUAGUACAAACAUUAUAACAUUUAAGUUAGAUAGUAUCAUGUUUAAUUUUAGUUGUUAAGAUUUGUUAUGCAUAAAAUAUUGUCAAUAGUUUUUUUCUUUUGUAAACCUGAAUAAGUAAUUCUUUUUAUGUUGAUCAAGUGCCAUAUAUUUUAAAACAUUAUAAUCAUUUAAUUUUCUAAAAAUGAAAGGAAAAGUCAAAUGGAACACAUUACCUGUAAUCAAUGUGUCUUUAAAUUUUAACCGUUUUAUUUUUAACUGUAUUAGAGUAUGAACCAACAGCUUUUGAUCUAAAUCGUUAAUCAAUUGAAUUUCAUGAUUUUCAAAAAAAAAAAAAAAAAAUGCUAGAAUAAGCAAUCACGAGACAAAUAUCACGCUAAAUGUUUUAUUUUUAUUGAAAUAACUGUCAAUUAUCAUGUUAUGGUAGAUAAAAGAUUACGUCCAACAGAAAUUUAGCAAAGCUGUGAAGAUUUUAUUUGUGAAAAUCUCACCCUGGACCAUAAUUUGUAAAAUAAGGCUUAGUUGGUUCAUAUUUAGCGUAUAUUGGUAUUCAAAAGAUACAAAUUACUGUAAAACAUAGAAUUUAAAAUAACACAAUGUAAAGCGUCCUUUUAAAAAAAAAUUUCUUUAUUUUGUUUUGUUUUUGUACAUGCUACCACGUAAUUGAACUUUUAAAAAUAAAUGCCGUAUCAAAUAUUUUGUUCUUGUUCCAAUAUUUUUAUUUUUUAUUUUUAAAAACAGAUCUGCUCUGCUCAAUUUGUUAAUGUUUUUUAUUUAUAAUGAUUGGUUUUUUUUUUUUUAAAUAGUUACAGUUUUAAUUUUUAAUUGUAUGGUUUCUUAUAAUUAAUAUUAUUUUUAAUAUUAUUAUUAUAAUUAUUAAUUUUUAAAUGCCUUGUACUUAAAAACAAAAACAAUACGACUAAGAAAAACAAUGUACAAACAUUAUUAGUAAUUUCAAAUGAUAAACAGAGACCAGUAGGUAGUUUUAAAACUAUAAUCAUAAUGAAAUUGACAAUGUUAUGUUUUAUUGAUUUUGUAAAUUGCAACGUUAAAAUUGUUUUACUAAUCAAUAUCGAUAUCAGUCAAUGUUCCUAAUUAUUUUUUUAUAUUUUAUUAUUCGGUUUUUUUGAACAUACAAUACGAUGCCCACUGAAUUCUUGUUGUCUUCUAAAAAGCUCGCUGGCCACUGUUUAUUAUAUCUUUUGUUGUUUGAAUAUCAUCAUAUAAUUUAAUGAUCAUCGAUUAUUAUAAGUGUAUAACAUUGACACCUAUUGUAUUUUAGUUAAAAAUAAUGAUUUUGAAACCUUUGAUUUUCUUGUACACAUGUGUUUGCUCAUUGCUCGCGGUGGUGGCCAUUUUUUUGACCUUUUUGUUGAGUAUCAUCUUUCUAUGAUUAUCACUUAAAAAGUUUUACCAUCGGCUGAUAAUACCGUUGAUGGUUACCAUAAUAUAAUGUAUGAGUUACCGUGACAAUAUUAUAUUAUAAAAGCCGAACCACUAUCAUUACGUCUCACCCACCCCCUCCCGUAAUUGUAUUUGAAUAAUUGUUUCGUCAUAUGUGUGUGUGUGAGUGUGUAAUUAGUUGUUUAAACUAUUGUUUUUAAAUAACACCUCUUAUGAAAAAAAAUUUAAAAAAAAAAACAAUAAUAAAAAUUAUAUUUUAUAGCGAGUCACGUGUUGUAUAGAGUUUGAAAAACCAAUAAAAAAAAAUUAUUUUGGUUAAUAUUUACUUGCUUAUUAUUUAAAUUAUUAUUAAGUAAUUCUAUAAGAUUAUGCGCACACGUUUAUUGUAGUAUAUUAUGUAUAGUACGCGUGUUGUAGUUUUGUUUUAUACUUAUUUUCAUAGUGUACCUGUUGGAUGUUCGUUUCUCGUAUACUCCCCUGGGCCCUCUCCCCUCUUAUUGUUGGUUCUGUUAGCCUCAUCACCCACUCACCAUCCCACAGUGUUUAAUGUUUAAAAUUCAUUGACGUUUUUAUUGUACCUUGAUUAAAUUUUUUUUUAUAUUAGUUAAACAAUUAACUUACCGGUCAAUGCCAUAUUUUGUCGAGCAGCAGUUUGUUUGUUUUUUUUUUUUUUUUAAGAUAAAAUUGAUUAUUAUAUUGUUUUAUUAUGUCAUGAAAAAAGACAACAAAAAAAAUUGUUUUUCUAAGUGCCUUUAAAUGUACUAAUGUACCUGUGUGUGUGUGUGUGUGUGUGUGUGUACAC